GUGAAAAUCUGGUUCCAGAAUAGAAGAAGUAAAUACAAGAAGAUGAUGAAGGCGGCGCAGCAGGGCGGCGCUGGCGGCGGAGGGCAACACGGCAGCCUCCUAGCCGGCGGAACCGCUUUACCCGGAGGACCAUCCCCUCAACCGGGUCAACCAGGAAGUCUCAUGCAAGGAGGAGGCGGAAGUUCCGUGUCGGGCAGCCCGACGACGGGCUACCUCGGCGGCAUGGGUGGCGGCGCAGGGGGUCACACCCCCGGCAGUUCGAGCCCCGGAAGCGAGAUGUCGCCUCAGCACAACGAGAGUCCACCCGCACCCUCUUGGCCGGGCGAGAUGAAGCACCAUCCGCAUCCGCACGCGCCACCGCACACCCACCACCACCCCCAUACGCCUGGCCACCAUCCACCGCCACCGCCGCCGCCGCCGCACCACGCGGGUUACAUGCCACAGUACUCGUGGUACCAAGCGGAUCCUAAUCCCGGACUACUCACGGUGUGGCCGGCGGUUUAACGAAGAUGUCCUUCGAGCUGUGUUCAGGAGGAAUCGCUUCUUCGUAGCACCGCGGACGUGCCAGCGCCCCUGCCCCAAAGUGUGAAUACGUAUAGCACCUGUCGCGAUGGAAUUCGCGUUCGAUGUUAAUAAAUUCUAUUCCUUAACGAGAGCCGCGUGUUCACCGGACCGGUUUUGCGCUCGACCCUCACGGGUCCCGGACGGGUCGUUCGUCGUUCCGACAAAAAUCGAAUCGAUCGCGACGAUGGUAUCGUAGAUCGUCCGAGAGAUUUUCGCUGAAAUGUUUCGCGAUAGAAAAUCGAGAUCACUGACGAUUACGCGUCAUGGGUGUCAACGUUCGCGUCGAUGGAAUCGGCACGGAAACGUCCGUCGACGAGGACGAAGCCGGUCUCGUUUUACCUGAAACGAUCGACGUGAGGGCCCAAAGAUCGCACGACACAUGUAACGGCGACGCAAGAAUCAUCGACUAGAUAUGUAUAGCGGAAGAUCGACGGCAGAUCGUUCUCCUCAUUCGCCUCGCGAGCUUAUCGAUCGUUCAUCGUCGUCGAACGCACGAAACCAGGCAAAACCAGUUGACGAUCGGCCGAUCUAACCGUGACUGAAUAAUGACUGAAUAAUCGCUGGUGUUUCAACGAUCGCGAAACGAUUUACACGAUUGACCAGACGACAGUUUCCAUAGUGGCAUCGUUAAAUGUCAAGACAGCAGGACGAUUCUCCGUGACAACUAUUGGCGAACGACUGUCCAUCGUGGUUCUCGCGCGUAGACCAAGAACCAACCAUUUUCGCCAAUCGAAAGAUUGUUUUCGCGUUCUAAACGAUUCGCAACGAUUCCUCGGUUUCCUUGGUAAAUGUCAAUCCGGUUGGUAGAUGACGUUAGAUCGGUCGAUCCUUCGUGACAGUUGCCCAACCGAGGCGGCUGACCCACUUCGUGCUCUGGAAGCUGGAUCUCGUCGGAUCAAACGGCGUCAGAGCGAGAAGAGAGCAGAGAAGGCGGAGAAGAGGCAGAAAGAGUAACCGCGAAAGGGGACAGAAAGAAGGACGAACAGAGACGAGACGAGGAGGUGAACAGAGAUGGAAAAAGAUGGAUGGAUCACGGGGAACAGAGAGAGAGGGACAUUGCACAAACUCGUCGUCGAGAAACAGUCGUUCCUCAAGGCGGUUGGGAAGUAAUGAAAUCCUAAUGACAUUUUCGUGAGUCAAACGAUCUCGGCAAUCACGGUGGCGCGCUGUAAUCACCGGUCCCUCCUUUCCGGAUGAAGCAACCGAACGCGGUGGACCCUCCUCCGAAAAGGAGCGGACGACACGAAGAGAUACGCGCGAUUUACCACGAAACCCGAGGCCGUGCACAGCCAAUGGAAAAAAAUCAUUAUCUCGGUCGACGACGCGACCGACAGUUCCGACAAGUACGCGUUCAUUAAAUUCGCGAAGAAAACAAAACAAAAAGAAAGAAAAAAAAUCGAAACUACUCCGUGAGUGCACGGUCUCGCGUUCGGCGUGUCGACGACGACACAUCAAACAAAAAUGUCGGUCGAGUUACAUUUUCGUCGCGUUAUCUCUCCACCAUCUCGCGAAACCAUUUCUCUCUUCUCCACUCGUACGUACGUUUCCUUGAGAAACAUUCCUUCUCUUCCGGGCGAUAAAUACUUUUGUCGUCCCCUCUGUUCGUAAUUCUCUGUCCGACAACCUUCGACCUCGGUGCCUCGAGGGUGAGUGCAUCGAGGGCGCAAGGGUUUUCACAGGGGUUUUACGCUGUUUUUACCAUUUCCCGUCGGCCAUGCUGCAAGUCACCCUUUUGCCAUCUUUGCCAUCACCGGCCAACGAUAUACAUAGCUAGCUUUCAAAGAGUUGCGCCACAAAACCGCAGGAAAAAAGCAACGAACGCUUGCGGUUUGCAACCAGGGGAAACUGGGAGGGCCGGUGAGCCCCACCGCUGACCCAAAUCCUCCGGCGUGUCGGUGUAACAAUGGUCGUCUCAUGAGAACGCGGUCUCGCACGGUCCCUUGACUUCCUGAUUCUGCCCUCUUUUUCACCUCCGCAGAUGCCAAUUCCGUUCUGUCCGACACAACCAACGCCGAAGGAUCGCGAAACUUUCGCAAAAAGCCACGUCGAAAAAAUCUCCCACCCAUCCCCGAAACUCUCUGUUUCCCAAUCCUCCCUUCGACACCUUCUUCUUCCUUUUCCCCUCCUCUUCAAACGUUUACUUUACCUCGAUUUCAUUCACAUCGUCCUAUACUUCAGUGACACUCGACGACUUCAAAUUCCACGCGAACGUAGAGAGACGCGAAGAGACCCAGAGUUGUCGUUCCGACAAAGUUACGUUUCGUGUUUCCCCGGCGCGCGUGUAGUCCCCGUUAGAAUAUUUCCUCGAGCGCGCUCGAGCUUUCCCAUCGUGAAACUCUCGACAUGGGAACAGAGUACAAAGCCAGUUUCACGCCGCUGGACAUCUGGAGCCAUCGCGUGUUACAUCGAAAUCCGCGCGCGAGAGAGUGAGAGAGAGAGAAUCAGCCUGAAGCUAGGCGAACGACCGGCGACGAGCAAGAUCCACGUCGACAUGUUUUCUCUCCCCCCCCCCCCCUCAUCCCUCUUCCCAUCUCGUCUGCCCUUUUAUCACGGUCGAAAUUUUUCCCAUUGUCGCCCGGUCUUUGCUCGUCGUAGUCGCGUUGAUGGCUGUUGUCGUCGUCUCGACAAUCACGGACACGGCGUUCACGCCUCGGAUUCAGCGCGACGACGACGACGACGAGAGAUGACGACUACCGAUUCCCUCCCGUGUGUGCACGCGGAAUAAGUGCCGUUAGAUUGCGAGGCUACGAGGCGCGGAACGGUGACGGGCAAGCGGUUCUUUAGCGGUUUAGAUUCGGUGCAAUAAGGAGGCGUGUGCGUGUAUAAUUUAAGACGAAGCUCCCUCAGUUCCUAAAUUGCGUGUAGAGCGAGUGAAAGAAAAAAAAAAAAAAGAAAAUGAAAAACAGCGUAAAACGAUUCGAUUCGAACGCGGCGACGAAAACCUGGUGGACCGGCGAGAGAGCGUUUUGCCGGGCGAUUCUCGCGAGCGCGCGGGAAACACGCGCCUCGCGUGGUCCGUUACUUCGAUCUCUCUCUUCGUCGUGAGAUUGCCGACAGGGAAACAGAGAAAGGAGAAGCAAAACGGGUAAAAGGAAGAGUAAAAUUAAAGAAAGAGAAGGACGCGCCCUGCGACGAUGUGUCAGUCACCGAGCAACAGCGGACGCGUAACGUGUUUUGCAGUUUAGCUUUGUCACGCUUUCGUCGAGUUCGCGGUAUAAUGGAAAACGUCGGCCGAGGACGAGCGAAACGGACUUCAACGCGAUGGAAAACGAAGAAAUGUAACCGAGUGACGCGAGCAUCGCGCGGAAUAAACGGAGGAGAAGAUGAGAGAAGUUCGUUGGAGACGAAGCAGAAGAGAGGAGUCCGUAGAAUUUACUAGCGUUACUAGUCCCGGUGCAAGCAAGCGGGGAUCGAAUCAACCGGCGUGAAACAGAUUUAUAAAUGAUCGAUCCCUUCUGGUGCGUGUAAAUACUGCAUCGGGGCCCAGCCCUGUUAGCACGUAAGCCGUAAAAACAAGUGAAAAAAAAAUCUGUGUAAAAUACGAUAUUGUGAUAAGAUGUGUAAAGAUACGAGAGAGCAAGAGCGAGAGAGAGAGAGAGAGAGAGAGAAAGAGAGAGAGAAUGGAAGCCAGAAAUCGUCUAUAUACAUAUAGGUUAAUAACAACACGGCAGACCCCAGUUUAUCAAUUUUAUCGAGUACCCUUGUACGAAUAUUAGAUAUUACGAGGACUAAAAUACCUUAAUUAUGAUUACUAUUGUAUAAAAUAUGAAUAAUAACUAAUUAAUUCAAUUUAA